AUGAGUUUCGUCCCGCUCAACCCGCGGCCUAUGCUGCAGUCUCUAGUCGACUCCGACAUUCUCGUACGCCUAAAAUGGGGCCAGACAGAAUACAAGGGCCGCCUGGUCAGUGUCGACAGCUACAUGAACAUCCAGCUGGCGAACACGGAGGAGUUUGUGGAUGGCAAGAACACUGGUAGUCUAGGGCAGGUGCUCAUACGGUGCAACAACGUCCUAUGGAUCUCCGCGGCGGACGCAGCUCGCGUAAAAGGGGAAGACACUGCGAUGAGUGGAUGA